CAGGAGCAGCAGGGGGCAGAGAGGAGGUCGGUGGUGCUGCGGGUGCUCGAGCCACCCGCCAGGAUUCUUGUUAGGCGCCCGCGGCCAGCGCCGCCCUGGUGCCGGCCCUUAGGCGCCGCAGAAGCCGCGGAGGAGGCCGGUUCCGGGCUCCUGUGCCAAGAGAAGGCGGAGCCAGGCUUCUCGGACGUAAGGGGUGCUUUUACGUGACAGAAUGGAUGAACAGUCACAAGGCAUGCAGGGGCCAACUGCUCCACCAUUUCAGCCACAGAAAGCCUUGCGACCUGACAUGGGCUAUAAUACACUUGCUAAUUUCCGAAUAGAGAAAAAGAUUGGCCGUGGGCAGUUCAGUGAAGUUUACAGAGCAACCUGCCUAUUGGACGGGGUACCAGUGGCUCUAAAGAAGGUUCAGAUAUUUGAUUUAAUGGAUGCCAAAGCCCGUGCUGACUGCAUCAAAGAAAUAGAUCUUCUUAAGCAACUGAAUCAUCCAAAUGUAAUCAAAUAUUAUGCCUCAUUCAUUGAAGACAAUGAACUGAACAUAGUGUUGGAAUUAGCAGAUGCUGGAGAUCUUUCUAGAAUGAUAAAGCAUUUUAAGAAACAGAAGAGGUUGAUUCCUGAAAGAACAGUUUGGAAGUACUUUGUUCAGCUUUGCAGUGCCUUGGAACAUAUGCAUUCUCGUCGUGUUAUGCAUAGAGAUAUAAAGCCAGCCAAUGUAUUCAUUACAGCUACAGGUGUAGUAAAGCUUGGAGACCUUGGACUUGGUCGAUUUUUCAGCUCCAAAACAACAGCUGCACAUUCUUUGGUUGGUACACCCUAUUAUAUGUCUCCAGAGAGAAUACAUGAAAAUGGUUACAACUUCAAAUCUGACAUCUGGUCUCUAGGCUGUCUGCUGUAUGAGAUGGCUGCACUGCAGAGUCCCUUUUAUGGUGAUAAAAUGAACUUGUACUCCUUGUGCAAGAAGAUAGAACAGUGUGACUACCCACCUCUCCCUUCAGAUCACUAUUCAGAGGAACUGCGACAAUUAGUUAAUAUGUGCAUCAACCCGGAUCCAGAGAAGCGACCAGACAUAACCUAUGUCUAUGAUGUAGCGAAACGUAUGCAUGCACACACUGCGAGCAGCUAAACAGACAUCAGAUCAUGAAGAAAACAGCAGAAAUAACCAAGUACUUUAAACAAAUCAUCCCACCUCUUUGUGCUACACAAACGUAAUUAUUUGAAGCUUACUGUUGUGCUUUGAAUUGUAAAUUUAUAUACAAGCUUUGUUGUUUUCUGUUGAUUUCUGUUUUUUUUUAUUUUUUACUAACUUGCAGGUAUACAACAGGUUUAAAUAUGUAAAAAGUAACUUUAAAAGAUAUCAAGAGCCACUGUUUUCCAUGUUAAGUGGGUUCAAGGUAAUUUUCUUUAAUAACAAAAUUGUAUUCGGUUUGGCCUCAGUUCUAAAACACAGUUGCACUUUUGCACAUGAUACAGAUAUUAGGCUUAUUAUCCAGAAGCAAAAUGUCUGAAUCUCUCUCCUUUUUAGUAAUUUAUGGAAGGUAUGAAUCAGCCCAGUUAUCUUGAUUUUUAAUCUUUGUUCUAAGAGGAACAUGUUUAUUAUAGAGGGUUAUUGUAUUUUAUAUUGAAUUGUAGUUUUCAGUUCUCAGUGUAAGAGUAGACAGGUGAUAGGAUUCUGCUUGCCAAAUGUGAUGGGGAAAAUAGUUUUAGGAAAAAUGCCAUGCUGAUAUUUUUGGAACAUCCCUUUUUAUUUUGUUUUUCUCUCAUAAUGCACAUAAAACAUUUGUUGGAGGUUUUCUGGGAAAAUUUGAGGUGUUGAUUCUGCGAUCUGAUCGCUUUCAAUAGGCUUGUGCAGCACUUCCCUGGGGCAAUAGGAGUCUGCAUAGUUACGUCUUAAAACCAUGCAGAUGCUUCUUGAAGCAAAUAAGAUUCUUUUGAGGCUAUCGUUUGUGAGAAGGUUGGAUUAAAAGACAUGGUCUUUUACAGCUUCCCAACUGUUUAUAUAUAUAUGUCACUGUUUGUAGAUUUUUGUGUUUAAAAUAAUAUGAAUGACCUUUAGUUAUAUUUAAUUUUUUUUUCUUAAAUACACAAAUAUUUUGAAAAAAAUAUUAUAGUGUAGUAGUAUAACAAAUUAUAUUCUUCAUGAAUAUGUGGUUUUGUAUACUGUAACCUGAUCAUUAGUUUUCUAUUUAGCAGAAGUAAUUUUUAGCUUUUAUGUUGAAGAGAAAGUUGCCACUUCUUUAUUUGAGAAAUAAGUAUGCAAAAUGUUUUAUAAAUACAUUAUUGGUUGAAAAGGAAAUACAAAAUAUUUUUGUUGGAUCUUUUUGGAUAUGCUUAAAUAAUAUUUUUAUUGUUAAGGAAGGUGCCUUGUUUUUAAAUGUGGUAAAUAUGGAUAAUGGAUUGAAAUUUCUUGAGUUUCAAGACUGAAUGUUUUAUACAGAACUAUUAACGCAUAAUUAUAACCAGUGAUAUUGUUAAGAAGCUGUUAGUUAAAUCUUUUCUCUUAUGUGGGAAAAAGAAGUUAGUUCAAACAGAAGCAGUAGUAUAAAUUGUGUAUGCAAUCAGUCCCUGCAUUCUCAGUUUUGUUUUGUUUUUUCUUUCUCUGUGCAGCUUUCAUUUUUGAUUUGCUAUAGUGCUCAAAAAAUAAAAAUCCAGCUGCGGGGUUUGUGGAUGAAAUGUUCAAGCUUGAUGAGGGUUUUUUCUGGUUUUAUAUUUUUAAAACUGCAAAUACUAUGGAAACUGUGUUUGGCAAAAUAGAGGGGUUUUUAAAUAGUAUGUGCCAGAUCAUCAGCUUUCCGUAAUACUUUUAUAAAACAUUUCUUUGUGUUUCCAGAUUUUGUAGAAUGGAUCUUUAGGGUUUUUUUUUCUAGCUUCUGUGUAUACUUAAUCUUGCAGGACUUCGGUGGAACAAUUUGUAGGAGGAAUUAUUUGAGAAACCUUGGUUUGUGUCUAGUAGCCUUUAGAUUUGCUUUCACUUAUUAUCUGAUUAUUGAAUUUUAAAAAUUACGGUUAUAUUCUAUAAUAGUAGUCCCUAUAUCAUAGAACAAAAUGGUUUGUAUUGGAAAAGGUAGGACAAUACUCGCUUGACUGACAGGAUUAGCUCUUAAUAUGCACAAGUACUCAAACUAAUUUUUUUUCUUUUUCUGAAAUAUAAAACCACUAUAAAAAUCACUGAAAAAAAACCCCAUCACAGUCAGGCUAUUUGCAUUAAUCUUUGCAUCAAGUAUUGAACUUUCCCUAAAAGAAAUCUAAUAGCUUAUUAUUAUUAUUAUUAUUAUUAUUAUUACUCCUACUGUCUUGAAGGAUACAUUGAGUAACGAAAUAGAGUCAAGAUUUAACAGAUGUACAUACUUUAGCAUUUAAAUGUUGUUGCUGGUUUUUUAGUAUUCAUGAUUAAAUUUUGUGCUGAGGAAAAGUUGUUCCUGUCUGAAAAUCUGUAAAGGGAAUGGUACAGCUGACUCUGGUACCAAACUUUAUAAUGAAGAAGCCUGUACAGGUUAGUAGAACUGCUUGUGUAACUGGGGAUUGUAGAAUCUAUCCAUUAAGUAAACCACCUGGUAACAUGAGAAUAAGUCUGUUAUAACACUCCCAUGUGUGUGAUACACUUAUAAAAUAUUUUCUUGUAUAAAACACCAUUUGCUUUUUCAUAUGUUGUUGAUGACAUUUACACUAUUUAUUUUGGGCUAUGGCAUUACAUGCUUAUUUUCUUCAAAGAGAAUGUGUUAUGUUUCUACUCAAAAUGUCUGACUAGUUCCUCCUUUUAUUUCAGUAAUGUUACAGUAUUAACUUGCUUCAUGAGUGAACUUCGUGCUUUGAAUGACAUUGCAUAAAAUCUUUGCCUUGUCUUGAAAGCUUCCCUGCUGUGCAGUAGUCUAAUAGAAAUAAAAUACACAGAUAUUAAAUAUACUGUAAAGAUAUAGUACUUCUAUGAUACUUUCAAACUUGUUACAGAUAAAUAUCUAUGUUACAGUAUAUACUACCCAUUUUGUGAACAGUUUACUGCUUCUGGUAGUUGAUUAUAGGUGAGUUUUCUUGACUGUAAGAAAAGAUAGUACAUUAAAAAAAUCUUGUUCAUACUAUUUGUAAAAAAAUUAUCUAAAAAACUACAUUAGAUAUACAAUCAUAGAAUAGUUAGGGUUGGAAAGGACCUUAAAAUCAUUCAGUUCCAACCCCCCUGCUGUGAGCAGGGACACCUCCCACUAAACCAUGUCACUCAAGGCUCUGUCCAGCCUAGCCUUGAACAGCGCCAGGGAUGGAGCAUUCACAUAUAGUCACAGUUAACCCAAAAGAGUUGGGUUCUUGGCAUCUUAAAUUUCAAAAUCUAGUUAUUUUCAAAACAUACAAUAAUAUCUGAAACCCAUGAGAAUAAUAAAGAGCUCCCAGUAUGGCCCCAGUCCUGUGAACUUUUGUUUAUAGGUAGGUUGUUUUUAUGUAACUUCAGUAAUUUUGAGUGAACCUGGUGUAUGAACACGAAUAAAUAGUAAUUAGUAGGGUGUACAGAAAUUAUGUGCUCACCUCAUUUUUUAUACUUGCUUUGUGUCAGUGGUUUGGUAGCAGGGAAUAAUGGGAUUUUUUUUUCCCCUCUUCUGUUGCACUCUAAUGAUCCAGCUACCAGUUGUACAAGCGGGCAAUAGAAGUAUGUAAUCUUUUUGUAAUUAACAGAAACUAAGAACAUGCCAAUCUACCAGAAGAUGAAAUAUAGUAUUAGAAGCAUCUAAGAAAGCCACAAAGUCAAAUUCUUGACAGAGACUUGGAAAGAAAGGACUUCUUAUGCCAGUGAUUCUCAGAUACCUCUGCAUGGGACCUAAAAUCACUGUGACGUUUGUUUUCAACAAUCUGUCCACUUAGUCUCUGUCUUUGCCACUAUAAAGCAAGGUGGGAAUCUUAAUGGCUGAAUUUGAAUGCUGGUGGCGAAUGCUGUGUCAGGUAUUUGAGCUCCUAGGAGCAGGAGCUUGAUGUGAAGGAGAGUCAUUGAAGGCCUUCACUGUGGACAGUUAAUUUAAUCUGGAAGUAGAGGUGCUGGAUAACAGAGUUCAAAUCACAGAUUUCAUAUAAUUUUUAAUGUUCUUUAACAGUCAAAAGUUUUUCCAAGUCUGCUGUAUCCCUGUAUCAUCUAGCCAGUGGCAGUGCUGGUCUUCUGAAUUUCUGAUCUCUGUUUUGAUCUGGGUGAAGAACUAAACAUUUCUGGCUAGUAAUACCAAAGAAGGAAAUGCAGGUGCUGAGCAUGCCCAUUGAAGUGUUACUUAUGUUUCCAAACUGCAAUAUUAAUUUUAAAGGUUCUUGUUUGAACUUCACAUCCUUCCCUGAACCUUUUUUUAAGAGCUGAUGCUUUUAAAAAAUUGUUUCACUUUCAGUUCUGGAGUUCUGUGAUUCCUGUCAUCUGUUUCAUCACUCCUGUUGUCUGCUGUCCUCACUAGUUUUCCUAGUCACCAUUAGUUUACUACUUUGUGACUUUGCUAAACUCAGCCCAUUUGUGUCUUCUCAAAUUUUAUCCGUCACCAUGGGCAAUCCCUAUUUCCCCCCAAGCCCCAAUAACUACUUUAACUCCAUUGUUCUUCAUUCUGUUUUUCCAGUCUGAUGCCUUUGAUUUCUAGUUUUAGACAGAUUUCUCUCACUGCUUCUAUCAUUCCCAUGACCUUGUCUUUACUAAAUACUGUUCACUUUAUUAUCUCUCAUUUCUAAAUUCCCUUUCUCUGAUCACUACCUGCUCUCUUUCAGCUUAUCUGUCUUUCUCUUUUCUCUACCCUGUCACUCACUCCUUUUGGGAUCUCCUGUCUAUUAACCUUUCUGACUCCUUCACUCUUCUCAGCUGCCUCCUUCCUUCAUUGGGCUUACUUCCUUUGACUCAUUGGUCUUUAUUUUCAUCUCUGUCUGCUUCUCUAUACAUGGUUUCUUUGGUUGUGUUUCACAUUGUCCUGUCUCCAUUCCUGUCCCCAGACAUUUUUUCUUUUAAUUUAUGAAUUUCCAUUCCUGCCUUUCUGAAUAUCCCUAAAGAAUAUGUCAGCCCACACAGCUUUGGACUCAGCUUUGCUUAACCUGUUCUGAUUCUCUUUCCAAAUGGACUUUUAACCAUUUUUAUCCCACUUCCUUUCUCUUGUUGAGCUUGCUUGUGGAUUUGCUGUUCAUUUUGGUACUCUAUUCAUUCUUGAUACAAAAUGUAUCUUCAAAACCAAACCUGAUACUUUGCGUGCUAGAUCCUUUUACAAACUGUUUUUCAUUAUCAGAAUCUGUUUCUGAAUUGGGCUUCUUUCCCUCUUGUAUGUACAGGUUUGCCUUUUCUAUUUCUGUAUCUUUUAUGCCUCUCAUACCUUAAAUUGAACAAUUUCUUCAUCUUUAAAGCCUCCUCUUAUUUCCUUCAUUAGCAAUCAAGUUUCUGUUUCCUCUGUCUUGAAGGGAAUGGCACCUGUCAGCCAAUUCUCUUUUUAAUUCUUUGCCCUUCUAGUCUCUGUUUGUCAUCCACUAAUUUCAUGUAACUGAAUGUGUUCAUUCCAGUUUGCUUCCAAGUUUUUGGCUUUACACUGUAAUUUGAAUGGCCCCAAAAUCUAGUGCUUCCUUUUGCAGUUUAUUUCUUCCAUAAUUCUGUCUCUGCACAAUUCCUUGAGUAUCCAAUUACAGUCUUAGACCUGUUAAGAUUCAGAAAUUUAAUUCUUCUUCCUGACUUUCUGUAAGACUGUUUUUUAGCAUCCCUGACAAUUUUACUUGCCUGUUUUCCAAGGCUGCAACCUUUCUAUAUCUGACACAGCUCCCAUUCCUGCAUAUCAAAUGUCGUAUCAGAUUCUAGCCCUCUUCACUGUGUUCUUUCUUAUCUUUUAUCUUCACUUUUUUUAAUCUAUGUAAUUUUGACAUCUUUUCUCCCUUCAAAGUUGACAGGACUAGCUGUCAUUGGGCUUUAGCUGUUUCAUGUGCUGAAGGAGGAAUGCCACCAAAUUACUAUUUGGUUUGGUUUUGAGAGACUUGAGCCUGUUACCAAAUUUGGUAGGGCUGGAUUAGAUUCUGUUUGGGCUUUGAUUAGUUUUCUGUAGCUUCAGAUACAAAGUUCUUGCCCUUCAUUUGUUUGUAUUUACUGUGUACAACUUUGCCUUGUCUUGUUUCUGCACAUACAGUUCUCACUUGUUUUCUUGUUACAGCAACUUGAUUUCAGUGCUUUUACAUUGAUUGAAAUAAGAAUGUGCUUAAGAGCUUCACUGACGGAUCCAGAGUGUUAGGCGCAAUGAUCCUUUUUGUUACUGUUCUACCAUUGCACUGGCUUCUCUAAUUUGCUGUUCUCUGUAUCUUGCUUAACUGAAGAUAUGCUGUAUUACACUGCAGGGUAGUGUAGAUACAGUUGAGCCAGCAGUAAACAAGGCAGUACUGCAAGUUCUUAUGAACAGCACAAUCUUUACUUGUCUUGUAGAAUAAGUCCUAGGUCUAGAACUGAGCUCUGUGCUGUGCUAGGUCUAGAACUGAGCUCUGUGCUGUGCUGCUUCUCUGUCUAUGAUACCCUAAUUUAAAGCCAAAUCAGAUCUGCAUGUGUGGUGCACUGCAUAGUUUUCUAUAUAGGUGUACUAAACUGACUUCACAGUUGUAGGAGGCUUUCAGAUUUGGAAGACUGUAUGCUUGCAGAGGUGAACUCUUGAUAAAUGUCUGACCUUUGACUGCUCUUAAUUAUCUUCAUAUAUAUGUUGAUACCGAGAAGCAAAAUUCUCCAUAGCCUAGGAAGUUUGGGGUUUUGGGACUGUAGGAUGUAGAGCUGAAUGUCAGAUUAUUUGGUGGUGUGUGUGGGUAUACAUGCAGUUAAUCACUGUUUAUUUUCACCAGAAUAAUUUGUUUCUUAUAGAGGAUCAGUUGCUUGUUGGCACAAAACAAGACUUUUUUUUCAGUACUUUUCAGGUUUUAUGUUUGGGUUUUGUUGCCAGUUUAUACCAUGUCAUACCAUUAGUUAGCGUGUUCUUCAACUGCCUUAAUGAUGAGUGGAGGCCUUGCACCUUUGGUCUGAUUGAACUCUUCUGUUCAUAUGGAAAUAAAAAUAAAUGAAGAAAUAAAAAUAAAUUAAUAAAUUGAGUGCAUUGAGUCCUUCCUGGUAGUUCGCUUGCCUUACAUUUAAAUACUAGAAAUAGAAAGAGGUCUAAAACUGGACAGAAAUGGCCCCCAAGCUAGAGAUAUUUUGGGGUUUGCUGCUUGUUCUCCAACUCCUAGCCCCUCAUUCUCUGGCUUCCCUGAGGAACUUGCUGGGGACAUAGCACUGCCAGUAUAUUGAGGGCUUAUAGAUACUUAGAAAGCAAAAUGGUGAUGCUACCUUGCUUAUGUUCCUGUAGUGUCCUUUCUCAGUAUGAAUAGGAAAUCUCCCAUUUAAAAAUUACUAGAAAGAUCUUUGGUAUUGUUACACAGUUGUUAAUUGCUCUUUACAUAUUUGGCAUUAAAGAUGCAUUUGCUCUUACAAAGAGAAUUUUAAAUCACACAAAGGCUCUUAGUUUGCUUUUUAAUGUGGUGUUGGAACUCUUCUGUACACUUCAUUUGCUGGUUAUUUCUUUGAUUUCAGUCACACUGGUCUGGUGAUCAUUAAAGAUGAGUAUUGCAUUUUCUGGUCAGGUUUUGUUGGGACAGGGAAGAAUGGAGGAAGUGUUCAUUGUUUUGUUUGAAUUUGGCUGUGUAUUGUGCUUGGAUCGCAUGGUAGACUCAUUCAGGUUGGAAAGGACCUUGAGAGAGGUCUGUAGUCCAAUGUCCUGCUGAGAGCAGAGUCCAUGCUGAAUUCAGACCAGGCCUCAGGGCUUCACCCAGCUGGUUCUUGAAAACUUCUAGGGAUAGAGGUUGUGCAGUUUCUCUGGUCAGCCUCCACCAGUGCUUAGCUAGCUUCACUGUAAACCUCGCUUGCUUUGUUUUCAGCCAUAAACUCCUCAGUUACAAAUUAUGCCAUUGCUUUUUUUCCUCCUGCCACUCCUCAGAUGUCCUUUUAUUGCAAGAAAGGUAAGUGAAAUACUGAAACAAACAGAACUUGUUUCAUUUUCUGAAACUGUUGUUGCAAAUGAAUAAAUGUUUGUGUAGUAUUUCUGCACUCUGUAUGAUAUGCGCACUAUAUUCAUUUACUACUUGAGUGUAAAAUAAAGUUUUUGGCAGUAAAACCUGA